GCAGAGAGUCUGCAGCCGGCGGCGGCCAAAGAGCACAAACCCGGUAAAAAGAGCGGCUGCAGACCAGGCGAUGAGUCCGACAGCGACUUCGAGUCUGACCCGCCCUCGCCAAAAAGCAGUGAGGACGAAGAGGCGGAGGAGGAUGAGGCCUUGAACAGCGAGCACGGCGAUGAUACCGAGCCGGAGAACUUAGGACAAAGGCCUCUGCUGAUGGACUCCGAGGAAGAGGAGGACGAAGACAAGCACAGCUCUGAUUCGGACUACGACCCCAGCAGGGCGAAGAAUCGCUCCAAGAAACCCGCUGGCAGUAAAGCUGCGUCAACCAGGAGCCCUCGGAGGGAUUCGGGCACAACCCUGAUCACCCCUCCUGAGUCGCCCAGCGGCGCCAGAGCCGUGGAGGCUGUGGAUGUUUUCGGUGCUGUUCCCUUCCUCGGAGGAGCGUCGCCCGUCGGGCCUUCGGAGAGCUCGGAUAUCUUUGCCAAAGCGCCUUUUAGGCAAGUCAGCCACGAGCAGCCGACUGGGGACGAAUUUGAUGUUUUUACCAAAGCGCCCUUCAGCCGGAACCUCUCAAAGUCGGGCAAGAGUGGUAGUGACGUCCCCAUGGGCCAGACGCCGCCCAUAUCCCCCGAGGGCAUUGACAUUUUCGGCUUCUCGCCCUUCCAACCGGGCCCCACCGUGCCUCCUCCGACCACCUCCAGAAGCGCCGAGGACAUCUUCCGGUCGUCCUAUGAGGAGUCGGCCAGUCCUCAACAGCAGAGGCUGAAGCAGCGCAGCCUCCAGAAGCUUUCGUCACGCCAGAGAAAAACCAAGCAGGAGGCCACCGCAGGAGGCAGCAACGGCAAGCGGCACCACGGGACGCCGACUGGGGGGCGCAAAGGCAACAAGCCGACAUACCGCACACCCGAGAAAGUCCGCAGACACAAGAAGGUCGGCCGCAGAGACUCGCAGAGCAGCAACGAGUUCCUCAGCACCUCAGACUCUAAGGAGAACAUCAGUGUGGACAUAACCAUGGCUGAGGGGAAGGACAAAGGAGCGUCUCUGCCGGUGGACGAAGCCCUUUUAGACCCGUUUGGAGCCAAACCCUUCCAUCCUCAGGACGGCAGCCGACACAGCCAAUAUCAAGGCCUCAGCGACAGCAAGAGCGACAUGGCCACAGCCAACGGUAAGUCCUGGACGGGUUCCCUUCAUGGUGCUCUUGACGAGAGCAAAAUCAUGGAUGACUUCGGGGCGGUGCCCUUCACAGAACUGGUCAUCCACAGUGGACCUCAGCAGCAGCAGGCGCCGUCGCAGCCCGUGGACCUCGACCCCUUCGGAGCUGCACCUUUCCCCUCGAAGCAGUGACUUUUCCUGCGUCUUCCUGCUCUGCCAGUUGCUGUUAAACAACCCUGAAGCUUUUUUUUUUUUUGGUUUGGGAUCAUUUUCAACCUGGAACGACAAGCUAACAAUGUGCUUCUUUUGUAAGAACAUUUUAAUUAGUUUGAGUUACAUAAACCUGAAUCCUGUGGAGUGAACGGCGUUUCCACAUAUCUUUCAGCUGUACCUGUUUGCUGAAAAGCCUUUUAUGCUGCAUUUUAACGCUCAUAGAGACAUUUGAACCGAGACAAAACGGGAGACCCACUCAAAAAUCGUACUGUGACUACAAAGCUUAACAUUUGACCGCUUGACUUGCUUCAAAAAGCUCUCUACGGCCGCCUGCCUUCUGAUCUACCAAUAUGUUUUUUAGCACCACAAAGCCUUACCUGAGCUCGGCCCUGCCUUGCUUCACAGUACCUCGGAAACCGCGACGCCAUCAGCCUUCACUGGCCCGGUGCGUCGUUUGAAAUCAUUUGGGAGUUGUCCUUAACCACUUUGUUUUUAUUAGACCUUUCUCUAUGCAUAAUUUCACAGUAGUCUUUUACGCAGCCAAAGGUGGUCGUGAUUUUUGUCGCAUUACACUCGGAAUACUAGAAGGGAUCGAAUUUUGUUGUACUUCCUUAAAAACGUUGGAGCUGUUAAUUUGGGUCAGGUUAAAAUUUAGGCUCUUAACUGUUCUCUUUUUUUUUUUCCUAGCAGUAAACUUCUAGGUAAGUACUGUUAAUGUUCUCUGUUUUUUUCUAUUAAGUUGCAACUCAACAUGUUCUGUUAGAAAUAAGAAAUAAAUAAAACACAAGGUUAGAUCACUGGUCAUUCGUGAACGUUGAACCCCAACAGAAGAUCAUUCGCUGUACUCUUAUUUUCUCUGCAAUGUAAGUGAACUCAGCAGUUUGGAUCAUUUUCAUGUGAAGUGGGAAUCAGUUGAAAGGUAACGCUGGUGGUAUUUUAUUUUUUGUAAUUGUCCCAUGAAAGGACCAAAACCGGUAGCAGCAACUUUUCGGUACUUGGCGAUAUCAAUCCUGUCCAGUUCAGCUAUUCCUAGGAUCUUUAAAGGAGUCGUCGUUCCUACGCUUUUUUUUCUUGGAGGUGGUUUAGGAGGUGGAUACCACACGCAUGUCUGGAAACAGUUAGCUUAGCAUAAGGGCUAGAAGCCGGGACAUGCUGUGAACAUCUGUAGCAACUCGUUAAUGGAGUGAACUUUGCAACUGCUGUACAUUAAACUAAAUGGUGACAAAUCUAUGGGCCUUUAUGCAACACACUGUUUCUUGGCAUCGUCCUGAGUUUCCAUAACAGACUUUCAUUCUUGCGUAAGGUAAAAAAAACGACAAAAAAAAACUCAAGAGACUGAUUUCUUCCACCUCUGGACAGCAUGAAACAUCUUUAGACCGCUCUCCUUUUUUUUCUCGUAGAUGGCCAAAGUUUUGUUUGUUUCACCUUUUUUCGUCUUCGUUUCUUGUUUGGGGUUUUGUCUACUCUGUCCAAUAUUUUGACGUUCAGAGUUACAUGUGCCCAACAGGAAGUCUCUUUGGCUGCAGUAGUUUUCACUUUGUAAAAAGUAAAUGUUUUCACUGAAAACUCUAAUUAUUUCUUUAAAGACAGGUCCUGAGUGUUUAGUUUUCAACCAAACUUCAUUGGUUUCGUGAAACAGCUGCACCACAUGACUCCAACAGGAAGAAACGGUGCAUUUAACAGGGACUAUUUUCAGCGGCGAAUUCAUUAACAUUUGGUUCUGUAGUGAGUCCAGUGCUACUGGCAGCAGGACACUGUAUGUGGGAUACUUUUUGGACAACAGUGGAGCUGAUUAAUUUAUAUCAAGCUGUGAUUUUUUAUUUUUAUUUUUUUAUCCUGUAAAUGGGAUCAAUUCAUUAGUGUUUGGUCUUUUCAUGGGAUUUGAUGACAAAGAAAAUGAAUCACCAGACUUGGUCCUUAACGUGGGCCUUUCCACUGCACAGUGACGUAAACUGGCACAUUUAUAAAGGGGGGGAAAAAAACAAGACAACAUUCAAAUCCAAUCUGUGAUGUAAUGUUCUGGUCAUUUGUCUUCAUGAAUACACUCUUCAGCACCGAAUUCUUCCUCUUCAUCACCGGCCUUAAGCACUGCGUUCAGCUACUCAACCAUCGGCACAUCUGUUCAAAUGAAACCAUCGGAACCGUUUGAUAAUUUUCCAUCCUCCUCCUUUUUUUUCCCACCAGGGUAAAUCUGACAUUGUAUUUAUCUGCUAUACUGCUGUUGGAUGCAAUAAAUAAAGUUUCAUCUCAGUGAUCCAAAGUG